GAGGGUUAUCUGCCAUUCCGUUUCCACAGAUUUGUUUCCCCUUUCUGCCUUGACACGUCGAGGAGGCAAAGGAUCUCACAAGGAUUGGUUGCCGCCGGCUAAGGACUGGUUUAGCCAAUCCUUGUGAGAUCCUUAAGAGUCGUUCUUGCCUUCCUGCUGCCUGCCCUGAUACAAGAUAGAGGAGGAAACUACACGAGCGAUCUAGAGCUGCUAGCAGAUUGAUAGCAUAGCCAUAGCAGCACUGCAUGAUCGUUUGAGCGCACGUCCCUGUCCCGGAGUCCAAAUCAGCCUUACCGCCGGCCUCGGUGUCGCCCGCAGGCUGACCGCAGCAAAAGCGCGGCGAAAACCAGUCCAAUCCGUUCAGGGAUUGGAGCUGUAGUAGUACUAGGAGUACUCGUCGUCAUGAAAAACCAGUCCACGCCAACGCCACUGCCAGAUACGCCGACGCCGACGACCUCAGGAGACGCGGGGACACCAGGAGGAGGAGGAGGAGGAGGACAUGAGCAGGCCACGGCAUCGCCCCGCCGGCUCGCCGCGCUCCUGCCAAGCAGGGGCAGCAGCAGCAGGGGGACGAUGGCGAAGCGGCCGGGCGUUCUGUGGGCAGCCGCGUUGGCGGUGGUGGUGCUUGCGGCGUGCACGGCCGCCGCCGCCGCCGUGACCAUCUCGCGGAAGCAGCACCAUCGCGGCGGGUCGUCGGCGUCGUCGGCGGCGCGGUCCUGCGCCCCCUUCGCGGCGUCGGGCGCGUGGGUGGUGGACGAGUCGUACCCGCUCUACGACUCGGCGCGGUGCCCCUUCAUCCGCGACGAGUUCGCGUGCGCGCGCUUCGGCCGCCCCGACACCAUGUACCUCAAGUACCGGUGGCACCUCGACGCGCCGUGCGCUCAGCCCAGGUUCGACGGCGCGGCGCUGCUGAAGAUGUGGAGUGGCAAGACGGUGAUGUUCGUGGGCGACUCGCUGGCGCUGAACCAGUACGAGUCGCUGCUGUGCAUGCUCCACGCCGCGGCGGGGCCCGGCGUGCGGACCAGCCUGUCGCCGGCGUCCGGGAAGAUCGACCCCUCCUCCACCGUCCGCUUCGAGGACUACAACGUGACCGUCGUGUACUACCUGACGCACUACCUGGUGGACCUCGUGACGGAGGCGUCCGGCCGGCGCGUCCUCAAGCUCGACACCAUCGACCAGGCCCGCGACUGGCUCGCCGCCGACGUGCUCGUCUUCGACUCCUGGCACUGGUGGCCGCGCACCGGCCCCACGCAACCCUGGGACUACAUCCAGGUGGGCAACACGGUGGUGAAGGACAUGGACCGCACGCAGGCCUUCACCAAGGCGCUGCGCACCUGGGCCAGCUGGGUCGACGCCAACCUUGUCCACACCGACACCAAGGUCUUCUUCCAGGGCAUCUCGCCCUCUCACUACAGGGGCCAGGACUGGGGCGCGUCGCCGAAGAAGACGUGCAUGGGGGAGACGCGGCCGCUCAACGGCACUACGACGGGAGCGUACCCGGGCGGGCCGAUCCCGCAGCAGGCGAUCCUGCGCGGCGUGCUGGCCGGGAUGGCCAAGCCAGUCUACCUGCUCGACUUCACCUACCUGUCGCAGCUCCGCAAGGACGCGCACCCCACCAAGUACGACGGCGGCAUCUUCGGCGGCGACUGCACGCACUGGUGCGUCGCCGGGCUCCCGGACACCUGGAACGUCCUCUUCUACGCCGCGCUCACCGGGCAGGACUGAUUGAUGACUCAUUACUAGUAGUACAUUUUUUACAGACAGACAGACAGACAGUGUUACUUUAUUACUGGUAUAAGCUAGCUUAGGGUGGAGUAGCUCAAUAAGUAAAGGAAAAGAUAGCAGAUUGGUUUCUUAUAGUUAUAGCGGGGGUCAAAAGAUUUUCAACCCAAAUGAGUUGAUAGAAGAAUGUCAAAAGAAAAAGAUUGUAAUUCCUUCCUGAAUUCAAUGGCAAUUUUUUUUGGGGGGUGGUUUAUACAAAGGAGCAAACUCAUUUCUUGUGAGUUAUGACUCUGCAAAUUUAUCGAGGUCAUUGAUUUCUUUUC